AAACCCUUUCACUUAGCACAUAUAUUUACACGAUUUUGAAAUUUGUAUGGACUAGACACCUUUGAUCAAGGACCGAACUAACCUGGAUCGUUUACAUACCAUAUCCUCAUCGCUUGCCCAUAGAAACUUACAUUUCCUCCCUUUUCCAAGCUCAAGAUAUUCCAUUGAACAAUCUGGUCCAAUGAGUUUGGAACAAAUAGAAAAACAGUCUAUGGUUCUGCAGGAACAGCCCUUCGAAGAUGCACAAACAGAUGUUAGACAGACCCCCACCACUCUGGGAAGCGAGUUUUUGGAGAAGAACACAUCUGAUGCCGGAAGUUCCAUCACUUCCCAGCCAAAACCCUCACAAGAAAUGCAAUUGGCCCCUGACACCGCCUCAGACUUUGGUCCCCGGUCAAGCUAUACUUUGAGCCAAGAAGGCAGCGGGUACGAAAGAGACCAGAACGAGUGUACGGAGUUUUGCCUCGAUUUCUCUUCCUGUUUCGGUUUAUUUGAUGCCUGCUGCCCAGCCGAUUCGGAAGGCUGCAUGACCACCUGUGCUGUGUUCAUUGGUAACUUGUUCUUCAGCUGUUGUCAAUGUAAGUAGAUAAAAAAGCAUUCAACGUAUUCCCAGUUAGAUUUAUAGAUUGACUUUGUACAUAAGAUUUUUCUGAAUUUGUUCGCAUCCACAAAUACACCUUUUGCAACCUCU